CCUGAGAUGCGGUCAUGCCAGCCAGAGUUCUCCAAACCCUGGCCUCUUUACCCAGCGCGUCAUCAAAGGCGCGCCAGUGCAAGAGACUUUCUUGGCUUCAGCUAAAACCACUAGCAGAAUCUGAAAGUACAGGAUGCCGCAACAGCCUGAAGGUACAGCAGCGUUUAGACUCAGUCUUUCCUCGAACAACAGCUGACAGCCUGAAUAAGCCAAAGAGCCUGGAAAUGGGCAAGGUGAUAUCAAGCGCAAGCAGACCCUUUCCGUUAAAAGCUGUCCAUUGUUGGGAUGGAAAAGCUCGCCUGCCAACCACGCACCCCUUUGGGACUGCCAGGAACGUGACCCACAAGCCAAAUCUCUCGUGUGCUCAGUGGUUUAUAACAACAGUAAAAAGGCAUCACUCUGUAUCGACUGAAACACUUGUCCCAAAACAAGACGUUCCACAGAUCAAGAGGCCCCUGAAGGCAUCGCGGACCCGCCAGCCUUCCAGGACCAACCUUCCGGACCUGUCUGUGAAUGAGGCCCUGAUGCAGUGCACAGCGUUUGCGACCGCGGAUGAGUAUCACCUCGGGAGCUUGUCUCAAGAGCUGGUCUCCUGUGGCUAUGUGGAAGUGACAAGCCUGCCUCGAGAUGCAGCCAAUAUUUUGGUGAUGGGUGUGGAGAAUGCCGCAAAAGAAGGCGACCCCGGGACAAUAUUCUUGUUCAGGGAAGGAGCGACUGUGUUCUGGAACGUAAAAGACAAAACUGUGAAGCACGUGAUGCAAGUUCUGGAGAGACACGAAACCCAGCCCUACGAAGUGGCUCUGGUUUACUGGGAGAACGAAGAGCUGAACUACAUGAAAACAGAGGGACAGUCUAAACUGCACAGAGGGGAAAUCAAGUUAAACUCAGAGCUGGACUUAGAUGACUCCAUUCUAGAAAAAUUUGCUUUCUCCAACGCUCUCUGCCUCUCGGUGAAACUGGCUAUUUGGGAAGCAGCACUGGACAAGUUCAUUGAGUCUAUUCAGUCAAUUCCAGAGGCAUUAAAAGCUGGGAAGAAAGUCAAGCUGUCUCAUAAAGAAGUUAUGCAGAAAAUGGGUGAGCUCUUUGCUCUCAGGCAUCGUAUAAACCUGAGUUCAGAUUUCUUGAUGACUCCCGACUUCUACUGGGACAGAGCAAACCUGGAGGAGCUUUAUGAUAAGACCUGCCAAUUUCUCAGCAUCGCUCGCAGAGUUAAGGUCAUGAAUGAAAAACUUCAACACUGCAUGGAGUUAACAGACCUAAUGCGGAACCACCUGAAUGAGAAGAGGGCACUCCGCCUGGAGUGGAUGAUCGUGAUCCUCAUUACCAUCGAGGUGAUGUUUGAGCUGGGAAGAAUGUUUUUCUGAUCUUGUGGUAAUGAGAGCAUCAAUGGAAGAGAUUAAUUCAAGUUCUACAACCAAAAAAAAAAAUAAAAAUCAGCAUUCACUAUUGGUUUAAAUCAACCGUCACUGGCAUGGGACGGAAGCCUGUAAUCCCAGCACUCUGAAAGCUGAAGCCUGAAGAUGAGUUCCCAGCUAGCCUUAGCCUGUGCUGCACAGGAAACCCAGCUGAGAGCAGACUGAUGGUGUGCACAUGGGAGGCAGAGGACUUCCCAGAGUUCGAAGCCAACUGGAACUUAGCAGGACUGCCUCAGAGUAAAACAGUUUAAUGACCU